GUAAAUUGACAGUCACAAGUAUUUUUACAUAUUUAUUGUAUCUAGACUACCUAUUGUUCAUUAAAUUGUAUUGAGAAUCAUUUUGUGUUUUAGCAAUAACACUGUAUAAUAUCUUGAAUAAUAUUACUGAAGUGUCCAGGGCUGUAAGGAAUAACUGCUAUGGCACCUGAGAAGAAACACCCUCGAGUGGUGAACUGUUGUGGUUACAAACAGACACUCAACAAACAGAAGCUCUGUCUUUGUGGAUGUGGUUGCUGCUGUCUGUUGCCUGCCAUCGUGGUUGCUGCUUUAUGGUCCUCUAUCUUCUUUUACUUCCUCAGCUGGCAAUUCGCUCUAUCACCGUAUUCCAUAACGUUCAACAUGUGGAGGGAGACCCCGCUGCCGAUGUACAUGAACGUUGUUCUUUUCAACUGGACGAACCCUGAUCAAUCCCUCCAUGGUCCUGAAAAACCUGCUUUCACUGAGAUGGGACCUUAUGUCUUCAGUGAGCACCACUCCAAGCGGAACAUAGUGUGGAACGACAACAGCACCAUCACAUUCUUGAAUCGCAACGAGUGGCAUUUUAUGCCAAACAUGUCGUCUGGCUCUCUUUCUGACAUUGUUACCAACCUCAACACUGUUGCCAUGAUUCUUGGCUCAAGAUGUCACAAUCUGGGAAACCUUACAGAAUCUGUGGACAACAUAUUCAAGAAGGAAGGGAGUCUUAUUGUCUCCAAGAGUGUGGAAGAUCUCAUCUUUAAUGGCUACAGCGAUGCUCUCUUGCAGAACGCUGACUUGCGAAAGUAUCUCCCAGACUUCCCUGACUAUGACAGAUUCGGAUGGUACUAUCAGCGUAAUAUGUCUUCUACAUUUGACGGAGUGAUCACAAUGUACACUGGGCAGAAAGACAUCGAGAGGCUUGGUCUACUUACUAGUUGGAACUAUGAAACAAGCACAGGCUGUUACCCGGGAGAUUGUGGACAGGUCAAAUCAACGAUUGGUAAUGUGUUGCCUCUCUCCACAUUCAAACAGCCCCAGUUCACGCUCUUCAAUACUGACAUUUGUGGAGUAUACACCCUUGAUUACGAAAAACUUGUGGAACUAAACAACAUACCUGGGGUCCAGUACCGAGCCACCGAGUCCAUGUUCAGCAACAAUGAGACUUGUUAUUGUCCUCGCCAAACAUGUCCUGCUUCUGGUGUGCGGGAUAUAUCGGCCUGUAAACGAGCCCCCUUGUUCGUCUCCCUGCCCCACUUCCUCCAUGCAGAUCCCAGUUACUUGGAGGCAAUCAGUGGACUGGAACCUAACGCUAGUAAACACUCGUUCUUCAUGUCACUUGCUAAUCUUACGUCUGUGCCACUGGUUGUACGAGUUAGGUUACAAACAAACUUGCUCAUGGAACCGAUACCAAACAUGACUUUUUUCAGUAACUUAAGUAGAAUCUAUAUGCCAAUGUACUGGUUGGAUCAGUAUGCUAUCCUGACUCCUGACUUGGCAGCUCUGAUGCAUCCUCUCUACCCCUUCUCAAAGUGGGGAGGCUGGUGUAUCCUCUUGAUCAGCGGAGGCGUGGGAGCCAUCCUGCUUCUCCUGGGGAUAGUUCUCCGCUGUCAAGACACUUCAGAAUCUGUUUCCUUGCUUGAAUGAGAACUGUAGAAUGUGUAUUUCUUGUAAACAUUAUACAAUUAAAUUUUGA